AUGUACGUGUGCAAUCAGGGCAGAAGUGAUGGUGUGACGAUCAGGAGCUCCAGAGCAGCUGUGGUGUGUUUGGUGCUGCUGUGUGUUCUUCUGCUGACCGCAGUCAUAGUGCUGUGUGUCACCUUCACUCAAGAGAGACAACAGAUAUUAACUAAGAUCACCAACCUCACAGAGGAAAGAGACCAGCUACUAACCAACAAUAUGAACCUCACAGAAGGGAGAGAACAACUACUAACCAACAACAUGAACCUCACAAAAGAGAGAAACCAGCUACUAACCAACAACAUGAACCUCACAAAAGAGAGAAACCAGCUACUAACCAACAACAUGAACCUCACAAAAGAGAGAAACCAGCUACUAACCAACAACAUGAACCUCACAAAAGAGAGAAACCAGCUACUAACCAAUUUAUCUGUGUUUAUAGGUGGAUGGAAGUGCCAUCAAUCCAGUCUUUACUUCAUUUCUUCUGAGACGAAGAAAUGGGCCGAGAGCAGAAAAUACUGUACAAACAAAGGAGCAGAUCUGAUCAUCAUAAACGACAAAGAGGAACAAGAUUUUGUGAAGAACAUUUCUGGUGAUGCUAAAGUCUGGAUUGGUCUGACUGACCAAUCAGUGGAGGGCAGAUGGAAAUGGGUUGAUGGCAGCAAUGUGACCUUUAGGUGA